AUGGAAAAUGGAAAACAAGUAUCAGAUGAAUGNCUUAUUCCACGGUUGGAAGGCAUUAAAUUGGACUCUGGAGUUUCGCCUCGAGACAUUCGGCAAUGGAAGAAGGACAAAAAGAACGUCUUUGCUCCUUUUAUGCAGGAAAGGGACAGAAUUUUGGAAGUGCUGUCGGCGAAACAAAGACAAAACGAGGAUGAAAUCGAGAGGAAACAUUUGGAGGCUCAAUGGGAGCGCGUAAGAGAACAAAUCUCCAACCUUAAACUCGUGACCCUUGGGUACAGGACGGCGUGGGAAAGAUUGCAAAGAGAAUACGGACAAAAUAAGAUUGUUUUGAAUGACCAUAUGGACGAAAUUAUAAGUUUGACACCAAUAAAAGGCAACAGCUACAGGAAAGCAAGAGAAUAUUAUGAAAAGUUAAACAAAAGUUUCGACGCUUUACAUACCCUGGGAGAGGCUGACUCGUCUAAAGGAUUUGUGAUGACGAUGACGCCUCACCCACUGACAGCUUAUCACCUGCCAUCAUUCCACUGA